CAACGAUCACGGUGCGGAGGAGCCGCGGCUACCUGGUGAUAAUUGUUCGCAGGAAGAAGAUGAAAACGUGACAACGAUUCAAGAGCACGAAGUACACCUCCCCGCUACCAGUAAGAAGACACCGCCACGACGACCGUUUUUCUUCGUGCCGGAAGCACGUGCGAAAAAUACUGCUUCUGCGCAAGAAGAAGAACCCCAGCAUCGAUCCGGUUCAUCCCGACCGCAUCCUACAACAUCCCGAUCUGGCCACAGUUCCUCUUCACGACUACAGCACAGGUCAACAUCUAGUUCUCAAAAACCACGACCCCCACCACCGCCGGAACCCCCGGAGGACAUCCCGAUUUUCACGCUUGGUAUGGACGUCGGUCAACUGAUCCAGGAAAUAGUCGUCGAGAAGCAGAC